AUGACUGGGCGUCCCGGGGCCUCUAGAUUAGCCCGAGGCCCGUCUUACGGUGGGGCAGAGGCGGGGGCUGAUUGCGCAAGAGCAGCCGCCAAGCUGGGGACUUGCACAGACGCCGGCAAAAAGGGCCCCGGCGCAGAGAAGCAGAGCGAGUGCUGGGCAGCCACAGGCGGCAGCGACUCCCUCCCUUCUUGCACUGGGCGGCUGCAGGCGGCGGAGCUUUCAGCCGGCCGGGCUCCGCUGUGCGCCGGGCCGAAAGGACUGACCGAGGGCCCCUCUCGGAGCCGCGGAGCAACAUUCGGAGGCUUGGAAGGGAGAACGGGAGCGGGGCAUCGACGUAGGGCAAAACGGACCCCCUGUCCCCCCCUUUUCUUUUCACCCUUUGCCAAGGGAACGCUCCAUUUCAGGCAGGCGCUCCGCGGGGGCAGCCAUCGAGAGGCGAUACUGGGGGGGCGCGGCAGAGGUAGCCGUCGAGGCGCGGGGAGAGCUCGCGGAAGGGCGCCCAGAGGGGAGCCCUUGGCGGCGGCGGCGGGCCCGGCGGGGAUGGCGGCGGCGACGGGCAUCACCACUCUUCCCGUCUUGCCCGACGACGGCGGCGGCGGCAGCGGUGGCCCCUUCCCUCCCGGACACUUUAAGGACCCCAAGCGGCUAUACUGCAAAAACGGAGGCUACUUCCUGAGGAUCAACCCCGACGGCCGAGUGGACGGAGUCCGGGAGAAGAGUGACCCCCACAUCAAGCUAAUACUUCAAGCUGAAGAGAGAGGUGUAGUGUCAAUUAAAGGUGUACGUGCAAACCGUUUCCUUGCCAUGAAUGAAGAUGGACGAUUGUUAGCACUGAAAUAUGUAACAGAUGAAUGCUUCUUUUUUGAACGCUUGGAAUCUAAUAACUAUAAUACAUAUCGGUCUCGUAAAUAUUGUGAUUGGUACAUUGCACUGAAACGAACUGGUCAGUACAAACCUGGACCAAAAACUGGACGAGGACAGAAAGCUAUUCUUUUCCUUCCAAUGUCUGCCAAGAGUUGAUCUGAGUGGCACAGUUUAUAAAAUAUUGUGCAACAGCAGUAGAUGUUCCCCCCUCCACAAGACAAAUUAAUGUGACCUAACGUUUUCCAGUCAAUGGCAUUUGCUGAUUGAUUUCAGAUUAUUACUGUGUUGAACUGUGUAUAUUUUAAGAUUGAAAAUUCCUGGAACCAUUUUCAUUCUCCAUAUAUAUAAGUGUGCUUGUGUGUGCAUGUUUUUUGAAUAUGGCAUGAAGACAUAGUUCCAUUUAAAUAUUUCAGUUUAAGUUAUGUAUUUUCAGUUAGAUUUUAUAAUCAUUUUAAUUUGAAGGUUUGGAGAUAGAAUUAGGUAAUCUGAUUUGGGCUAUCCAAUGUAAAAAGGUUUUAAAUAAGCAUAUUUUGGAAAGUCUAUCAUUUAAGGGUAAUAAUUAUCUUUUUAAAAGAUAUAAACAUGAACACUGAUUUUAAUCUGGAACAAAACAGACGAACACAGACUUUGAUUUCAAGUAAUCUUAGAUUACAAAAAAGAUUAAUUUUAUUGCAAAUCUGUCAUAUUUCUAUAAUUUUCUGGCAGCUCUCUGUGAUACAGCUUAUAGAAAAGACCUGCAUACACAGCUGGGAAUUCUCUCAUACUUAUAUCAAUUUUAUCAAACCCUUCCCGAUAACCAUACAGAAGUAAUUUAGCUAUAUUGCUAGUGAUUGGAGUAGUUUCUUUUGUCUUGGAAAGCUCAGUUAAGUCCAUCCAUUCACAUCUCAGGCACUCCAGCUGGCAGAAACUGAUGUGGAAAGAAGAAGGUUCCAGGCGGCAGAUUAUGUACAUAUCUGACUUCCCAAAGGCUCCAGGCUGCCCGUGUUGCUGUCGUAUACUUAGAAUGGACUUGAAUUCUGAUGUUAUGCCUGUCUCUUCAAAAACUUCUCGAACUGCUGUGUUCCCUAAGAGGAAGAAUGAACUUACAUACUAGUUUUAGUCAGAAAUUAUAUUUGGGAGCUUGUAAUAUUGUCCCCAUUCUGUUCACUGAUCCUUCCGGUUCAUAGAUCUUGUGUUCUACCCUGGGAAAUACACAUUCAUCUCCCCCCCUCAAAAUACUGUAUUAGAUGGGAUUUUUAAAAAUCCUAAUGGCGACAAUCAUGAUAGAGACUUCUAUUGUUGCAGACAGUAAGGAAGAUGAUCUUGACAGAGAUACACAGGAGCCAUUGCCUAGAUUGUUAUUAUAACCAAUCUCAAUAAAAGUAGUUUUAGCCUUCCUGUGGAAUUUCCUGGCCUGGUCCACAUAAUGGGGCUGACAUCAGUCUCUUGCAAGUCUAAUUGUGAUGUACCUUCUCCCCUUUUAUUCAGUGAAUUAGGGACGUGUCUGCCUGAGACAUUUCCAAAUGUUAUCUCACUGUUCUGGGCUUAAAAAAUGCUUCAGCCCCCUUUGCUUAGGCAAUGGCUCUUGCAUAUCUCUGUCAAGAUCAUCUCCUUUACUCUCUACAAUUGUUUAUAUUCUAAAAUAAUUAUUGAAGCUACUUUACAAAGGAUAUCUAUCUGAAAUUUGAGAGUUUCUAGCACAACACAGUUGAUCAAAGUUGUCUAUGCAUUUUAAAACUUAUGUACCAUAAUAUUGUUUAAUCAUUUGCACAACUUAAUAAUGUAGUGCUAACAAGCAUAACCUAAUGAUUUUCCAUUUUUUAAAAUUUUCAGUGGAAUGUAGACUUGUGAGUAUACUGCUCUUACUAAGAAAUGAGACACUAUCAGCCUUUUCCAAUAUCUUUGGCAAUAAAUCUAUUACUUGGCAAUCA